AUCCCACCACUAUAAGACACGCCGAUGGUGGCCCAACAGUGGACACACUCACCACCAAAAGCCACAAACAAACACAAUGGACUGCAUCACCUUAGCCAUCCUGGUGUCCGUGUCCCAAGUCUGGGGCGCGGUCACGGCGGCCCCCAUGUCGGUGGAGGUCAUCAGGAUGAAAGCCACAGUGGAGGGGAAGUCCAAGCAGCUGGUUGCCAGACUCAAUAAAAUCCAGGUUCCUCCCGGCAUGACGCUGGCGCCGCCGGCCGACCGACUGGACGGGCUCUCCUCGGUGGUGACGCUCCUGGACGGCUACGACAAGCUCAUCUCAGACUCUCUGAACGUGUCUCAGGUGAAGGCCGAGAUCUCGUGGCUGAAGAGUUACCUCGGUCAGUGGAAGAAGGGCCGCUGCGGGGAGGCCAAGGCCAACAGGACCUCCACCGCAGGCGGCGCGUUGCAACGGCUGCAAAGUCAGCAAAGCUACGUCCUCACCGUCGGCAUCGAGGCGCUGGUCAGAGUCAAGGACAUCCUCACCCGGAUGCUGCAGAACAUGGAGCACCUGGACAAAUGCUGAGACGGAAACUCAAAAACAUACGUUAGAUUCACUGAGGACUCAAAAUCAGUGCUGUCCAAUUUUUUUCUGAAAACUCAAAAAGGAUGCAAUGUCCUUUCAGUCUUUCCCUAACCAUUUCAUUUACAUAACACGCUAAAACAAAACCAUCAGUGUAGGUAAACAUAUGCAAGGCAGUUAUGCAAG